GGUUGCUGGGAAGGCUUCUCCAUUAGCUUGGAUGAAUAAAGUUUUGAAGCCCUUGGAGCCUCCUGCAGAUGUGUCUACAGGGAGGACUUCUCCAGCUCCUAACUUGGAUGCUGCACUCAAGCCCAGCUCCCAUCACAGGGGUACUCCAACAGGGAAAAUCCAAGAUACAACAGAUAAGAUAUCCCUGGAACCAUCUAAACAGAUGAGGCAAGAGCUGAAGGAACUCCUGCAGACAAGACAAGAGAUGGACAUAUUGCUUCAGUGGAAGUUGGCAUUUCUUGAAGGAAGCACUCCAUCUUCGGUGCCAGCCUCUGCUACAGGAAGCAAGGCGAUGCCAGACACGGACACAGGCACAGCAGACAGGGAUGCUGGGAAGGAUUCUCCAUUAGCCUGGCGCUCUGAAGUUGUGAAGCCCUCCGAGCAUUCUGCAGAUGUUUCUGCAGGGGCGACUUCACCAACUCCUACCUUGGAUGCUGCACAAAAGCCCAACUCCCAUGGCAGGGGAGAGACCAAAGACAUGACAGGCAUGAAAUUCCACGACCCAUUAGAAGUCAUGUGGCAAAUGAUGAAGGAAGUGCUGCAGGGAGGACAAGAAAUGAAAGGAAAGCCUGUACGGAAGGAAGCAUUUCCCGGAGGAAGCACUGGCUCCAUGCCAGCCUCUGCUGCAGGAAGGGAGGCCAUGCCAGGCACAGGGAGAGAACCACAGCAGCUGCACUGCUCCAGCUACCCCUCCCAGGGAUGUUGCUGA